AUUUCUCUUAAUCUUAGCGUAAAAUUGUGUUAUUCACCAGCUUUUUUCAAAGUUGCUAUCAUGUUUUUGGCUAUUUAUAUCAUACACACCUUGGGUCAGCUUAUUAGUAGACGUGUUUCAUCUGAAGUGAACAGUGCUUUGAUGAAAUUGUGAGUAAACAUGAGUAGUAAUAUCUGUUAUGGUUAGGAGUGUGUGGUGCCACUACAGAGUUGGGAAAGUGUAUGGCUAUUCUGGAGUUGAUCACCUAAAAUUCAAUUGUUGCAGGAAUUUAAAUGCAAGUUCCAGCUAUGCAUAUGCUUUUCCUUUCUGUUGGCCAAAUUGCUGCUCUGUAUUGCUGUGUAACUUGCUUUCUUGACCUGAAUAACUUUGGUUGUUCAUCCCAAUAUCACGAAUCAUAGUCCGCUGCCUCUGUUGCACUUUCCAUAUUAGUCGUGUCAUCCAUCUCCUGAGCCUUUGAAUAAAAUGAUAUGUUUUGGUGCUAAAAGAGUUGAUAUGAUCUCUUCCCUUUGCCCUUUCUUAUGCUUGAAUUCCUGUUAGAUUGAAUCAGUGGCCAAGCUGUUGUACAACAGUUGACUUAACAAUUACUCAUUUAAAGUGAUUCUUUGGGUUCUAGUUCCAGAUAUCUUUUCUUUUUUACUUAAUAUGAACAUUAAGUUCGUUAAUCAUGUGUCAUUUUCUUAAUCUAAUUUUCGUAACGAGUUGAAAACUAAGACACUUUUAUACUCUCAAUCUCAAUUAUGAGUUGCCUGACUAAAACUUGUUACUAAAAUGAGUCAUGUUUUUCAACCCUCAUCUGAAUUGAUCCAUAUGGUAUAUAAUUUGAAAGUUAUGUGGAUGAAAAUUGUUGUGUUGGACGUGUAUUUAUGAAAAUAUCUCUCUACUUAUAGAUCGCUAUCCUAAUUGUUUUUAAUUUCCACUUGUUGAAAUAUUCUAUUUUGAUCAUCAUAGUAUAUAGGCCAAUUAAGCAACCUUUCCCCUCUUUUGAUCUUUUAUACAAUUGCUUCUUCAACACUUAAACCAACCAACACUCACCACUACACCUACUUUACAAACUUUUUUUUUUGGAAAAAUUUUUAACCCCUUUUUAUUUCAUUUGGCUAUCUGGCCUUGAAGUUAAAGGAAAGUAAAAAGGGUGGUGUAAGCAAUGAUUGCUUAGGUGUAUAAUCCAUCCAAAUCCAAUAUGCCAACCCUCUCCAUAUUGCCAAAUAUCUUUUGAUUAAGUUUCAAAAUCCACUUAUUUUAACUUAAACAAGUUGGUGUUAUGAUUAGGAGUAAAGAAAAAAAAGUAUUUUAAGGAUAUAUACUAGCUAAGAAGAUAGAUGUAUCAUUGAAGAAUAAAAACAAAGUGUUUCUCAUCUUUAAAAAAACUUGUGGAGAAGAAACAAAGCAGUAAGUUUGCUAGAAAUAGCCAAUUUAUAAGAAAAUGACUACUGCUAGAUUCAUCAAAUGUGUUACUGUUGGUGAUGGAGCUGUUGGGAAAACUUGUAUGCUAAUUUCAUACACUAGUAAUACUUUUCCAACGGAUUAUGUUCCAACGGUGUUCGAUAACUUCAGUGCAAAUGUGGUGGUGGAUGGUAGCACUGUUAACCUUGGCCUAUGGGAUACUGCAGGACAAGAAGACUAUAACAGGCUAAGGCCAUUAAGUUACAGAGGAGCUGAUGUCUUUUUGCUUGCUUUUUCUCUAAUUAGCAAAGCAAGCUAUGAGAACAUCUACAAAAAGUGGAUCCCUGAGUUAAGGCACUAUGCUCCUACUAUACAAAUUGUUCUGGUGGGAACUAAACUUGACCUGAGGGAAGACAAACAAUAUUUAAGUGAUCAUCCAGGGGCUACUCCUAUAUCAACUGCCCAGGGAGAGGAAUUGAAAAAGAUGAUAGGAGCGGUUGCCUACAUUGAGUGUAGCUCCAAGACUCAGCAGAAUGUGAAAGCUGUAUUUGAUACUGCAAUUAAGGUAGCAUUGCGACCCCCUAAGAUGAAGAAAAGGCCCCAAAAAAGGAGGACGUUAUGUGCAAUUCUAUGAAUAUUAAUAUGCCUUUUUUUUUUCACAUUUCAAAUAUUAUUCAAUUAUAUUCUUAUCAUUUUGUAAAAGUAUAAGAGAAAAUGCUCAGUUGUAAUUUUUCUUCUUCUUUUUUUUUUUAAAAAAGUCUAGAUGUUAGUGAUGUAUUAAAGUUCCAUUUUUUAACAUUUGUUCCUUAUAAUAAAAUCUUGUAAUAGC